GUGAACAGAUAGAUGACCACACCACGUUUGUCAUGUUCAAGAAUCAUCAAGACACCAAAUACAAAAGAAAGUCUUGGAGAAAAGAAGAACAAACCAACAAACAAACAAAAAUGGACCUCUUCCAAAUUUUAAUUCUCUCUUCUCUCUUUCUCCUUAUCUCCACCAGAUUUUUGCUCACAAGAUCCAACCGAAAACUAAAACUUCCACCGUCUCCGGCGAUAUCCUUACCGGUGCUCGGCCACCUCCACCUCUUCAAGACCCCACUCCACCGAUGGUUCCUUACCCUCUCCAAAUCCAUAGGAAAUGCUCCGAUCUUCCACCUACGCCUCGGAAACCGUCUUGUUUAUGUCGUCACCUCACGUUCCAUAGCCGAAGAAUGUUUCACCGAGAACGACGUUGUUCUCGCGAACCGUCCCAAGUUCAUCGUCAGCAAACACGUCGGCUACGACGCCACUCAUUUACUCUCGGCACCUUACGGUGAUCACUGGAGGAAUCUCCGCCGCAUCGCCGCCGUAGAGCUACUCUCGACUCAGAGACUUAAUUCGUUUUUGUAUAUCCGUAAGGACGAGAUCCGACGGCUCAUCUCACGUCUUUCUCGAGACUCCUUCCACGGAUUUGUGGAGGUGGAGAUGAAAUCAUUAUUAGGAAAUUUGGCAUCCAACAACAUCAUCAGAAUGCUGGCCGGGAAGCGAUACUACGGUGAAGAAAACGACGAAGCUAAGUUUGUGAGGCAACUUGUGGCCGAGGUGGUGAUCAGCUCCGGUGCAGGGAACCCAGCUGAUUAUCUUUCGGUUGUACGUUGGUUCACCAAUUAUGAAAAGCGAAUCAAGGAUUUGGGGAAUAGGUUUGAUACGUUUUUACAAAGAAUUGUCGACGAGAAACGUGCAGAUAAAGAAAAAGGUCAAACUAUGAUCGAUCGCUUGCUUUCUCUCCAAGAAACCCAACCUGAUUACUAUACGGAUGACAUCAUCAAAGGACUCAUACUCAGUCUAACAAUUGGAGGGACAGAUACCACAGCGGUGACACUAGAAUGGGCUAUGUCAAAUCUGUUGAACUAUCCAGAAGUACUUAGAAAGGCCAGAAAUGAAAUUGAUGACAAAAUCGGUUUUGACCGGUUAGUAGACGAGCCGGACAUUGUCAAACUUCCUUAUCUCCAAAACAUUGUGUCGGAAACAUUACGUUUGUAUCCUGCGGUUCCGCUACUACUACCUCAUUUGUCGUCGAAUGAUUGUAAAGUGGCGGGAUAUGAUGUCCCACGUGGUACGAUGGUGUUGACUAACGUGUGGGCUAUGCAAAGAGAUCCAACUUUAUGGGAAGCUGCGGAGAUGUUCAAGCCAGAAAGAUUUGACAAAGCAGGAGAGGCAGAUAAGCUAUUGCCAUUUGGGAUGGGACGAAGAGCUUGUCCUGGAGCUGGACUUGCUCAACGGUUAGUGAGUCUGGUUCUUGGAACUUUGGUUCAGUGUUUCGAGUGGGAAAGGGUCGGUGAUGAACUUGUGGACAUGACCGAAGACAAAGGAGCCACAUUGCCUAAACUAGUGCCGUUGAGAACCAUGUGCAAAGCACGUCCCAUUGUUGCUAAACUGAUAUAAUGCUUGUCUUAUAAGAUACACCUUUGUUGUUGUUUUUUAAAAAAUGUGUGUGUUUGAAUAACAACUUUUUAUGUGAAUAUUUUAAACUUUACAGUCUUGCUUAGUACCGGCUAAA